AUAUUCCUUUUUUUUUUUUUUGGUAAACAAAUGCUUAUCGUCUUAAAAAAUUCUCUGUUGCUAAUAAAACAAGGCAAAAAAUUCACCAAGUGCAAUAUAUAAAAACAAUAAGCCAAAUUUUAGUAGAUGCCAAAAGUCGCCAAAAGCCACUAGACAACGCACACUGGGGUUUUGUCCUAAGAAAUAGCCGAAAAUAGGGCUUACCCAUAAAUAUAAACAAUGGGCAUGGAAAAGGAGCAGCUUGAUCAGACCCACAGCUAUGUCAGUCUUGCCAGGAGGAGCUCCAACCUACAGGAUGAAAUAAGUUCCAGCAACACCGGCUUGACCUUCAUGGAGCACAGCAGUCCCAGUGUCCUGCAGUUGCCGCCAAAGAUUGGCGUUAAGGAAAGGGAUAGAGAUCGUGAUCGGGAUCGGGAUCUAGAUCUGAGCGAUGGAGAAAACUAUUAUGAAGAGACCAACUCCGAGGCCAUAGGCAGCAAACUCAAAGAGGAGCUGAGCAAGUACAAGCAGGAGCUCAAGGAGUACAACGAAACCACCAAGGAGUUGGAGGAGAAGUACAUGAAGAUCAAUUACGAGCUGAACGAAAUGCAGCAGAAGCACGAUCAGUUUGUGGAGGGCAGGCGAAAGCAUCCCACUUCGGAGGUGGAAAUGGAAAGCGAGCCAGAUCCCGAGGAUCCCUACUACAACUCGACCAGCAGUGCCACUUCCAAGAUAACCAUCCGACGUAAGAGUCCCCAGGUGUUGCAGAGCAACACUAGCUUUAUGACGGUUCUGUCGGGACAGAGUUCCUACCAGGACCUAGCCCGGAAGAAGAACUUGUCAUCGGGUAGAAGCUCACAACAGGAUCGUCAUCCGCCAAAGAAGAGCAAUGUCUACGAUAGUGGGAUUCUGGAAACUCUGGCCAAUCGGGUUAGCAAACGAAGCAGAAAAAGCCAGGAUCAGCAGGAGGAGUAUAUGAAGCCUCAGGGUUUUAAGAAUAUGUAUAAUGUGCUCAAUGAUGUGAUCAAUAUGCCCAAGGAACGCAAGUACAAACCCGAAAGGGAACGGGAUACCGGCCAUGUUGGUCAACUCCUGACCACCAUCCAGAGCCUGAAGAGCGAGCAAUUACAGUUCCGUACCGUCAUCCAGCAGCAGCACGAGAGGAUUGCCGACUAUCACACCCGCUGUGUCAAGGCCCAGGAGAUCAUGAGCACCCAAAAGCAUGAGAUCGACAAGCUCAAUGCCAACAACAAGCAGCUGGAAUCAAGCAUCUACCAUGACAUUGACUCCCUCCGUUGUAAGAUCGACACCAAGCUCAAGAGCGUUUCCCAUUUGCCCAAGAUGAUGCGGGAGGAGCACACCAAGUACGAGAAGGUAAUGAGAGAGAACUGUCUACUGGCGGAUAAGUUACAUGUCCUCCAACAGGAGGCCAUGCAACUGAAGGUCAAGAUCGAUGAGCUCGGACGCCGCAAGCAGGCCGCCGUCAAUAGGCUAAAGGCAGCCGAAAGGGAUCUCAAGAUCUUCAAAAACUACAAUGCAUCUUUGAAGACGGAAAAGACUCGUUUGACGCGGGAAUUGUCUGAAAUGAAGGAACAGCUGGAGCAGCUCCAGGUGAGCAGCAAGCGGCAGCUUUCACGACACCGAGAGCAAAGCGAAAAGCAGCGAAGGGAUCUGCAGAAGAGGAUCUAUGACCUGGAACUAAAGCUCAACAGAAGUCAGAACUCCACGUCAAGUUUGAUCCAGGAGCGGGAUAGCCUCAUAGCCGAGCUCCAGACGCAACUCCAUACGCUGGUCCACAACUUUGAGGUGUCGCAGAAGCACAUCAGGGUCCUGCGACGACAUAUUUACUCCAUGACAAAUCCCAAUGGUGGCGUUGGUAUCAAUUCCAGCGGUGCUCCUGGCAUUGGGAACGGCUCCCAGCGACCUAGUUUGAUGCGAAUAAAUCAGGCAGGCAUUAGCACAAUGACCGGACGACUCGGCGGCCCUCGAAUGCUGAAGGAAAAGGUCCAGGGCCAGGGCUAGUACCUGUGCCAGUUCCCUCAGUAUGGAGUCCGGAUAACCUGAUAGGAUAUGGUUUGUCAGCAUUGGAAACCAUUUGAUCAGGUUGCCUGGACUCUUUUAUUUGUAUGGUGCUAACGAGACAAUGAUACUUUCAC